AUGUCGUCGAAGUGCCGAGGCGGCGGUCAGACUUGUUGUGUGCCUGGUUGCGACAACAACACGCUGAAAGACAAAAACGUUUCAUUUCACGCGUUCCCUACAAAUGAAAAAGAAAAAAAGGAGUGGGUGAGAAGAAUCAACCGCCAAGGAAGUGCUGGUCGCUUCUCUUUGUGGCAACCUUCUAAGCGCCACCGGAUAUGCGGAGCUCACUUCAACGCAAGUGGACGCCGUGGUUAUCUGGACCGGCUGCCAACAAUUUUCCCCCACAAGGUCAUCAAUCGACUAUCUCCUUCCUUUAAUACCAUCGCGAAACGCAAGAAGACGAGCUUCCAAACUGCCUCUGCCAGCCCGGUGCUCCUUCUGAACGAGUUGGAUAUCGGCUGCGUAGUUGACGUGCCCCAAUGCGAUCAACAAAGCGACGUUGUUUCCCAGGAGCCCACCCAGCUGACAUUCGGUGCACCGGCUUCGCCUCGCACGGAAACGGAAGUGCUUUGCAGGCUCAGGGUUGGGUUACUCGAACAGGAUUUGGCAUAUCGCCUGAAAGUGUCUGUGUCGACCGUGAGUGCCAUGUAUACAUUUUGGGUUAAUUUUUUGUUUGAAAUGCUAAUCCAGAUACCAAUGUGGCCAUCCCGUAACACAGUGGACCUGUUCAUGCCAGACAAUUUUAAAGAAUUGUACCCAUCUACACGCAUUGUACUAGACUGCACAGAAAUUUUUAUCGAGAACCCGUCUGACUACAAUACACAAAGCGACACUUUCAGCUCGUAUAAAGGACACAACACCGCAAAAGGGCUCAUUGGCAUCACUCCGAACGGCUUCGUUUCUUUCGUGUCUAAUCUUGCUCCUGGAAGACUUUCUGAUCGAGAACUCACAAGACACAGUGGCCUGUACGAGUUGCUCGAGAAAGGGGACAGUGUAAUGGCGGAUAGAGGAUUCCUCAUUGAAGAUGACCUCCGUCAGCUUGGAGUCGAAUUAAACAUGCCACCUAUGUUGAAUGGCCGCUCGCAGUUGUCACUGGCAGAGGAGUUAGCAACACGGCAGAUAGCCAGUUUGCGAAUCCAUGUUGAGCGUGUCAUCAGGGAAGUUAAAAACUUCAGAAUACUCCGUGCUGUUUUUCCGAAUGUUAUGGCAGAGAAGCUGAACAAGAUAUGGAAAAUUUGUUGUUAUCUCAAUAAUUUCAUGCGUGAGCCCAUUCUAAACAGAUGAGCGAUGGUGGUGUUUUUAAUGUUUUGUACGUUGUGCAUGAUCUACUGUAAAGCAGGGGUGCUCAAACUUUUUAGCCUUUUCAGUUGAAGAAAGACUAACCUCAUUUGGCUAAAAUGGAGUCGGCUCCUACCAUAUUUCAUUUCUAUUUUGGCCAGCUUCGGUCACGGAGCCUGUAUUGAAAAUAUUUGCUUUA